CAUGCCUGAUAAUCACCGUUGAACAUUGUUGAAUAUAUGCUUCCCUGUCGCGCCUGUUAAAACACAUUGACGCCGUCAAAAACACAAAAUGGCCGUAAUUGAUAGUGCUGUUGAGUGCUUGAUGUAAUAUCAAAACGGAAAAUUUAGAGUGUUUUAUAAAGAAAAACUUAAAAUUUCUGGUGUACUUAUAGACAGUGAGUCGUUUGGAACGAAUUACAAUUGGAUUGCAGUGUUCAUCUAAUGAAAAUUUGACAGGAUGGAAAGCUACAAUCAUCACAUGAUGGAUGCAGACUAUGGGAAUAUAGUUUACGGUAGUGGGAUUCCCAAUCAAAUGCAUCAAAAUUUACCGACAGAAGAACUAAUCAUGAACAAUCCGGAUGUAGCCGUAAAGGAUGCUGAAUAUCCAUCGCGCGAAAGUAUCAUAACGAGUAAUUUGACAAAUACUCAAGUCGAUGGAGUGUAUCAGGCGAAUGCAAAUUUGGAUAAUGGCGAAGAAAACUUGAAUGCAAUCGUGGAAAUCAAUCAAUUCAUCAAUAGCACGGAUAACGACAAAGUAGAUCCUCAAGCUAUAUCAGAUACGGUUCAACAGAUUGAAGAGGCUGUACAGAUUGAAGAGGCUGUACAAAUUGAAGAGCCGCCGAAAAUAGACACAUCGAUGGAGGAAUCAACAGAACCGGUUGCUAGUAAUGUGCUAGAACCAUUUGUACCAGAAGCAGGUACAACGACAAGUCUAGAAAUUGAAAAAGUGGAAGAUGUCGCACCCGUUGCCACAACUUCGAAAAAAGAUAACGAAGUGGAUCAGAAUCAGUGCCGUGUUUGUUUGUCAAAAGACAAUUUGAUCAACAUUUUCUCGUUCGAAAAUAAGUCGAGAAUAUGCGACAUAAUAAUGAGCAUUUGCACAACAGUGAAAAUAAUUGAAAAGGAUUAUUUGCCCCAUUACAUCUGCCCUGAAUGUUUGGAUAAGCUAAAAAUAGCGGCCGAAUUCAAAUCACAGUGUGAGACGACCGACACAGAGUUGAGAAAGAAAUUGAAGAGAAGUAAGAACAAGGUUCGCGGUGGUGGUAGAUUUCUAUUGAUUGACUGCGAAAUGAGCAGCGGUUCCGAUGUUGAUGAUAACAAAGAUGAUGACGAAUUCCAAAUAUCUGACGUGGUUGAAUCUGAUCCAGAUAGCGAUGCUAGUUUUAAAAUUGGUAAAAGAAAAUCCACUCGGGUCAAGAAGAAAGCUUCACCAAAAAGGAAAGCUCAAUCACGCGUGCGAACACCGUCAGCAAAAGCUAAAGCCUCUAGCAGUGUCACCAGUGGCAGUAAACGUUCAUCAAAGGCUACGGAAAAACCCGCACCGGUCGAGACGAAACGUAUAAAACAUGAUGUCGUGUACAUUGAAGCUCUUCCCGAACUGAGCGACGACGAGAACGAUGAAAAAGAUGCGCCGAAGGGUCGGGCUCGUCGUUCAAAUGCUAGUUACAAUACACCAAAAUCCAAAUCGGCUGCAAGCCAACCGUCAUCCAGUAAGACUUCGAAAAUUCCACACAAGAAACGUGCCAUCGUUGAAAUGAUUGAUUCAGAUGACGAAAAUUCAAAAACAACAAAAGAACCAGCGAAAUCCCGUGAACAUACAUGCACUACUUGCAAUAAAACGUUGCCGUCUUGGAAUGCUUUGAAGGAACACCGAAAGACCCAUUCCGGUGAAACAUUUGCCUGCAAUAUCUGCAACAAACCGUUCAAACAGCGAGCGAGCCUGGAUGCGCACAUUCAGAAACAUAAAGAAGACGAAUCGAGAACGUGUAAACCAUGCAAUAAACCAUUUGCAUCGAAAUUGGAACUGCGAAAGCAUCAACAGUCGAUGCACGAGGACCAAUUCACAUUCGAGUGUAACACCUGUAAGCGAACGUUUACGGCUAAAGCUCGGCUGGACAAGCACAAAGAGGGGAAAUGUCCAGGAUUCGAUACGAGUACAAAGAAAAAGAGUGAAGUAGAAGUCAGCUCACAUCUUGGUAGAGAUUUGUUCAAGUGUGUGGCGCCGUUGACUACUACAUACUGGAGUGAUAGUUUUUCAGAGUAAAUUGGAUAUAAAAGGGUACUAGUGUUUUCUUUUCUUUCUUCUAAGCCGAAAAGAGUGGAAAAAGCAAUUUGAAUUUUAUAAGUGAAUUAAAGUGGAUUUCAAUUUUUGAGUUUAUUAUAAAUAAAAAAAAUAUUUUGAAACGAA